AUGGCUGCCUCCAUUGAAGAGCUGGACAACCUCGUCCGCUCAUUCUACGAGGGGCGCGGUGAGCAGCAAAAAUCCGCCCAAGCUGCUCUGAACCAGUUCAAAGAAGAUCCCGAUGCCUGGCUCAUGGUCGACAAGAUCCUUUCCGAUGCGCAAUAUCCCCAGACCAAGUGUACGUCGACUCUACUGCCUCACUACUACUUGGGUCUGCAGGUCCUCGAUAAUGUUAUCAUGACGAGGUGGAAGGUCCUCCCCCGAGACCAGUGUCAAGGAAUCCGAAACUUCAUUGUGCAGUUCAUCAUUCAGUGCUCGAGCUCCGAAGAGUCUUUGCGCCAGCAAAAGACCUUGCUCAACAAGCUCAACCUCGUUCUCGUCUCCGUCCUCAAGCAGGAAUGGCCACACAACUGGCCUACCUUUAUCAACGAAAUCAUCUCGUCCUGCCACUCCAACCUAUCCAUUUGCGAGAACAACAUGAUCAUCCUCCGCUUGCUCUCGGAGGAGGUCUUUGACUACUCGGCCGAGCAGAUGACCUCGACCAAGACGCGCAACCUGAAGCAGACCAUGUGCGCCGAGUUCUCUCAGAUCUUCAACCUCUGCCAGGAGGUCCUCAACACUGCGACUCAGCCCAGCCUGAUCAAGGCGACCCUCGAGACCCUGCUCCGAUUCUGCAACUGGAUCCCUCUGGGCUACAUCUUCGAGACACCACUGAUCGAGACACUGCGCACACGCUUCCUCUCGACUCCCGAAUUCCGAAACGUCACCAUGCAGUGCCUUACCGAGAUCGGUGGUCUCCAGACUGGCGGCCCUGGCCAGCCCAACUCCUACGACGAGCAGCUCGUCAAGAUGUUUACCGAGACGCUGACUACGAUUGCCAACAUCAUUCCUGUCACUCUCGACCUCAAGUCGACAUAUCCCAGCAGCAACUCCAGGGACCAGGAGUUUAUCCAGAACUUGGCCCUCUUCCUGUGCAACUUUUUCGGAAUGCACUUGAACCUUAUCGAGAAGCUCCCUAACCGAGACUUCCUCAUUCACGGUCACUACUAUCUUAUUAGGAUAUCACAGAUCGACGAUCGGGAAAUCUUCAAGAUUUGCCUGGAUUACUGGCUGAAGCUUGUCCAAGAGCUUUAUGAGGAGAUGCAGCAGCUCCCUAUCACGGAUCUCAACCCCCUCAUGGCCGUCGGCGCAGGCAUCUCUGGCAGCGGCGCCCCCAACCCGUCGAUCCUCAACAACUACCCCCUCCGAAAACACAAGUACAACGAGGUUCUCUCCAACCUGCGAGUCGUCAUGAUUGAGAAGAUGGUUCGUCCCGAGGAGGUUCUGAUUGUCGAAAACGACGAGGGCGAAAUCGUGCGAGAGUUCGUCAAGGAGAGCGACACGGUACAACUUUACAAGACGAUAAGAGAGUGCCUGGUGUACCUGACGCAUCUGGACGUGGUCGACACUGAAAACAUCAUGACGGAGAAGCUGGCGCGACAAGUCGACGGCACCGAGUGGUCCUGGCACAACUGCAACGUUCUCUGCUGGGCUAUUGGAUCCAUUUCCUUGGCCAUGAAUGAAGAGACUGAGAAGCGAUUCCUCGUCACCGUCAUCAAGGAUCUCUUGGGUCUCACAGAGAUGAAGCGCGGCAAGGACAACAAGGCCGUUGUCGCCAGUAACAUCAUGUACAUCGUGGGCCAGUACCCGCGUUUCCUCAAGGCUCACUGGAAGUUCCUUAAGACGGUUGUGAACAAGCUGUUCGAGUUCAUGCACGAGUCGCACGAGGGUGUGCAGGACAUGGCUUGCGACACAUUCAUCAAGAUUGCCCGACAAUGCCGACGACACUUUGUUGCUCUCCAGCCCAGCGAGCAGGAGCCAUUUAUCGAGGAGAUUGUUCGAAACAUGGGCAAGAUUACAUGCGACCUGACACCUCAACAAGUGCACACAUUCUACGAGGCAUGUGGAUACAUGGUGGCUGCUCAGGGCAACAAACACCAGCAGGAGAGACUCCUUUCUGAUCUCAUGGCCAUCCCCAACGCGGCUUGGGAUGAGAUCAUCAAGCAGGCGACCAUGAACCCGUCCAUUCUUCAGGACGCCGAGACGAUCAAGGUCAUCGGCAACAUCAUGAAGACGAAUGUCUCAGCCUGCUCAUCAGUGGGAUCCUACUUCUAUCCCCAGAUCGGUCGCAUCUACCACGACAUGCUUCAGAUGUACAAUGCUACAAGUACACUCAUCUCGGAGGCUGUUGCUCGCGAUGGCGAGCUCGCGACAAAGAUGCCUAGAGUCCGAGGUCUCCGAACCAUCAAGAAGGAAAUCCUCAAGCUCAUCGAGGUGUACGUCGACAAGGCGGAGGACCUCCAGGCUGUUCGUGCUCAGAUGGUCCCUCCUCUGCUGGACUCUGUGCUCGUCGACUACAACCGCAACGUGCCUGGUGCCCGAGAUGCUGAGGUUCUCAAGGCCUGUUCCACUAUCAUCACCAAGCUUUCUGCUUUGAUGGAGGACCAAGUUCCCACUAUCAUGCAGAAUGUUUUCGAGUGCACUCUGGAGAUGAUCAACAAGGACUUUUCCGAGUUCCCCGAGCACCGAGUCGAGUUCUUCAACCUCCUCCGAGCCAUCAACCUUCACUGCUUCCCUGCUCUGCUCAAGCUCGACAACAACCAGUUCAAGUUUGUUAUCGACUCGUGCUCGUGGGCUUUCAAGCAUGACAACCGGGAUGUCGAAGCAGCCGGUCUUAACAUGGCCCUUGAGCUGAUCAACAAUAUCGCCGAGAAGACUGACGUCCAGACAGCCAACGCCUUCUUCCAGCGAUUCUUCAUCACCAUUCUGCAGGAUGUGUUCUUUGUCGUUACUGACAACGACCACAAGGCUGGCUUCAAGACGCAGUCCAUGCUGCUGAUGAAGCUGUUCUACUACAUCCACCCUGCCGAUGGUACUCAGCCCAAGAUCCAGGGGCCCAUCUACAGCCCCGACCAGGCUCAGGCCGGAACUGGCAACCGAGAGUUUGUCGCCAACUUUGUGGCGAACCUGUUGCAAAACGCUUUCCGUAAUCUGCAAGCGAACCAAAUCACAACCUUUGUCGAGGGACUGUUCACACUCAACACGCAGUAUGACAAGUUCCGUCUUAACCUCCGUGACUUCCUCAUCUCCCUCAAGGAGUUUGCCGGCGAUAACGCAGAACUGUUCAUCGUCGAGAAGGAGCAGCAGGAGCGGGAUGCCAAGGCGGCCGACAUGGAGCGACGACAGAAGGUCGGCGGUCUGCUGAAGCCCUCGGAGCUGGACGAUGAGGAGCUAUGACUGGAUGAGGAACUGCGGACCGAGUUUGCGCCUCAAGUCGCCUCCGACACGGAACCAACGGAGUCAGCCGGGGAUGGCUGGGAGUUUUAUGGUCUUUAGCGGCGUCAUCGAGGCUAUCCACGCCCUGCGACCCGACGGACAACCCCGACCUUCUCGUGCGCGACGGCGUCUCCUCCUUGCUCGAUUUCCUUGCUGUUAUGAUACCAAAUUUCAUAGAGUGGUCGCCGCCCACCCGAUGCAGGGGGUGCAUGUCCUUAUUCAAACCCGGCCCCCCUUUUAGGGUUGAGGGGAGUAAACAAAAAAAGAAAGGAGCCUGGUUGUGAGAGCUGUUGCUGUUGUUUUACUAGUUGAACGAGAGUGCCGCGUGCGGUUGAUCAUUCACUUUGACGAAUAAAUAAAGAGGAAAUGAAAUACAGAUUCAGAUGAUUGGGGUUGAGAGACGAGGUGGAUGCUUUAGGCUGGAGCAUGUAGAAGUUGUCUACCUAGGGCUAUAUCGUAGGUAUGGAAAGGGAGCAGAUUGUGACGCUCCGGCAAAUACAUAUUUCU